AUGAGUUCAUCAAGUAAUUUCACUAUUGAAGAAUUUCAUACAUUAACCGAAAUAUUAGCAUUAACGGGUGGAGUCUUAAUAUUUCUCAAUGGAAGAAAUAUGACGACGUAUAUAGUUCUACUUAAAUUACUAGAUUUUGUUUCGGACGUGACAUUUUUGAUAAAUACUGUAAAAAUUUUUCCAAAAUUAUUUUUUCUAAGUUUAAUGACAUUAACGGUACCAGCAAUGCUUAAUCUUUUGUUUGUACUUGGAGUUAUGAUGCGACAAACUCAACAAACCAAUAAAAGGGAUUUUAGGGAUUGGUUAAAGAAACAUAUCAUUAUGACAACAAUAAUCACUAUAUUAUCAAUG